AUCAACACAAUCUGCAAAAACAAUUAGUGCCAAUGGACCGAAUCAUACAAAUUACAGAGGAGAUCAACAUUCGGGACGAAGCAACUAAAGAUGAAAUAUUUCAAACAUCAAUGGGGAAAAAGUGGACAAAAGUUCAGCAACUGUACAUCAACAACAAGUUUGUCCCUGAAUCCAAACUCACCAGAUCUGGAGAUACUGCUCUUCACAUAGCUAUAUCUUAUUACCAUCCAGAUCGAGAUGACCCUAAACAUCAUCCUCAUCUUACUUGUAUUAAGGAGAUGAUUGCCAACAUACCAAAGGAAAAUCGACUACUUAUCUUAAAACAGAAGAAUGAAAAAGGGAACACACCUCUUCAUCUUGCAGCAGCACUCGGGAGUGUUCCCAUUAUUGAGAGUUUGGUAAACUCAGAAGAUCCUACUCUCAUCCGGCAGACCAAUUCAAAAGGGGAAACCCCCUUGUUCAUAGCUGCUUAUCAAGGCAAGCUAAAAGCUUUUCUCUACCUACAUAAGUGUGUUCAAGAUGAAAACGGAGAAGGUCCAAUUGAACUUUGUAGAAGGGGAGAUGGGGAUAACAUUCUACACGCCGCCAUCUCCGGCGGGUACUUUGAGGUGGCUUUUCAGAUAAUACAUUACUAUCCGCCACUUGUCAACUAUUACAACACAGAGGGCAUGUCUCCUCUACACUUCCUUUCCAGGAUGCCUCAAGUAUUCAAAAGUGGCAGCCAUUUUCGGUUCCUGGACAGCAUAAUCUACUACUGCAUAAAUAUCGAUGAGCUAAAGCUAAUGACAUAUAAACCUGAAGACAAGGACGACUCAAAACUUAAAGAACUCGGUAGGCAUCUCCCAGAGAACUACCAAACACUGGUGGAGUUCUUGGAACUACUUCAGUAUCAGACUCAGAAAUUUCGAGAGUAUAUUAAAAUAAAAAAAAUUGGGCGUCAAGGGAACAAUUCUAAAGAUACUACUCAAGCAACUAAUGUGAAUCUAGAAGAGGUGCCUCGAGAUACUACUAACAUGAAUCAAGACAAGAUGUCUCAAGACCAUCAAAGCGAUUGUCAAUAUGAUCCCGAGAAUCCUCCGAUUGAAUGUGAAUGCACAUGCAUGCAUAUACUGCAGUUUAAACUAGCUAAAGAGAAGAUGAAAGGCAAGUUAUUUUCAGCCAAUUACAGCAUCUUUAUCGAGUUUCUCAAAUGUCUAAUGAAGAUUGUGCUAGUUGUAUUGGGUAUUGGACUCCCAAGGAUUAAAAAAUUAGAGGAAACAAAAAAUAAAAAUAAAAGGGGAGUUCAAAUUAUGGAGUUGAUGAUUAACAAAGAAGAACGUUACAAAUUCAAUAAAACUACUGGGGAAAAGCCAGAAGAUAGGGGCCACGAUAGUCGAGUCCUUGCACCUCCUACAGAACCUCCCCUAAUAGUUGAGGAUGAUGAUAAAAAAGACGAAGACCAGAGUAAGACUGCAGCGAUCGAGCAAUCACCAACUUCAAGCACAGAAUUGUACACGCCGACCAAGGAGACACCCUUAUUAGUGGCAUCAAGGAUGGGUAUUGUAGAGAUGGUAAAGAAGAUCCUCGAAAAAUUCCCAAUAGCCAUUCAAGAUACGGACUCUGAAAAGAAGAAUCUACUGCUUUUGGCUGUAGAGCAUAGGCAAACAGAGGUCUAUAAUUGGUUAAUAGGACAAAAGUAUCCAGAGCACGUGUUUUAUCAGGUGGAUAAACAUGGAAACAAUGCAAUGCACUUAGCUGCAAUGUUUCAGAACUUCCAGGUGUGGCGCAUCCCUCGUAGUGCUCUACAGUUGCAAGGCGAAAGGAAAUGGUACAAGUAUGUCAAGCACACUUUGCCACCAGCCUCAUAUGUUUCUUAUAACAAUAAAGGUCAGACACCAAGAGAGAUCUUCAUAGAGACGCAUGUAAAUUUACUCAAAGAUGGCACUGAAUGGCUCAUCAAAACCGCCAAUUCAUACUCUGUCGUUGCCACACUGAUUACUACAGUUGCAUUUGCUACAGCUGCCACAGUCCCAGGCGGGCCCGAUGAUUCGGGCCAUCCACACCUUCAAAAUCAACCUGCUUUUGAAGUGUUUUGUAUAUCAUCACUUGUUUCUCUUUGCUUCUCUGUCAUGGCCCUGGUGUUUUUCUUAGCUAUCCUCACAUCUCAAUGCGAACACAAAGAUUUCGAGACAGACUUACCAAGAAAGUUGCUCAUUGCAUUAACUUCGCUUUUUGUAUCAAUAUCUGCUAGCUUGGUCUCAUUCUGUGCUGCGCAUUUCUUUCUCCUCGGGGAUAAAUUCAAGAAGGUGGCAUUUCUAAUAUACGGGGCAACAUGCAUACCUGUGGUGUUUUUAGCAUUUAAUCAACUCCCUCUCUAUUUUGAUCUCAUAUGUUCAUCCCAAGAGCUACCAAUUCGUAGCUAUAAAGGAUAUAAGAAGUUGUAUAUCGAUUCUUCAGUAGCAAGUAGCUCAGAUCAGAAGAAAGCAGAUAAAGAUAAGGAUGAUUGAAACAGGUGGAAAUUAUGACAAGAGCAGAGCAUUGCACGGUUUCCUACUUUAGUUUCCGAAUAAGACUGGGUUGUUUUGUGUCAAAAAUGAUGAAUUCCAAGAAAGAUUUGCCUUCGUGGAGAGGAGGCGAGGUGGAGAUAUCAAUUUUCUAUGUAUCCUGAAUAAACUAACACUUCUGUAAGAGUUGCAUGUGAUUUCAUAUACCUUGUUUUCCGGAAUAAAGCUAGUUAAGUAGGGUGCUGAAGGUUGUUUGAUCCCUUAAUACAUGUGAACUUAAGGGAGUCUUAGGGAACUUAUCAUAUCUCGA